AUGGCCAAUAGACGAAUUCUUGUUAUCGCGGGGAGCGAUUCAAGCGGUGGUGCUGGUCUCGAGGCAGACCAGAAAGUCAUUGCGGCCCAUGGCUGUUAUGCUAUGACUGCCACGACAGCGUUGACGGCUCAGAAUACUACUGGUGUCAGUGAUAUACACCACAUACCCCCUGAGUUCGUAAGGAAGCAGAUCGAUGCUGUCUUUACGGACAUUAAACCUGGAGUCGUAAAGACUGGGAUGCUAGCAUCUGCACGUACUAUUGAAAUGGUAGCACGAGCGUUGAAGGAUUACAAGGUUGAGACGUUGGUAUUGGAUCCUGUUAUGGUCGCCACCACUGGCGCCAAACUCCUACCCCUGGAAGCCGUGAAUGAGUUAAGAACUCUGCUGCUCCCACAGACGUUCAUCCUUACUCCAAAUAUUCCCGAGGCACAACUACUACUCUCCGAGAGUGGAAAGGGAACUAUCGAUAUCCAACGUGUAGACGACUUGGAAGUAAUUGCCCAGAAGGUACUGGAAUUAGGACCAAAGUGGGUUCUCGUUAAAGGCGGCCAUGUGCCUUUUAAGAAAGACGGUUCGAUAGCUACAACCCCUGAGGAAAGGGAGUUGGUCGUCGACCUUUUAUUUGGAGAUGGACAGGCCACGAGAAUCGAGAGUCCAUACAUAGACUCAACCAACACACAUGGAACGGGAUGUUCACUUGCCUCUGCCAUCGCCUCUAAUCUUUCCAAAGGACUGAAACCUGUAGAAGCCGUCAAGGCUGCUUGUCGGUAUGUCGAAGCAGGAAUCAAGACCGCGCCCGGAUACGGAAAAGGGAACGGUCCGAUCAAUCAUUUCCAUUCAGUUCUGACUCUUCCAUUCUCUCGGGGACACUUCCUAGAAUACCUAUUAGAGCGACCUGACGUAUUGCCAGUGUGGCGCCAAUUUAUUAACCAUCCAUUCGUCCUCGGUCUCGGGAACGGAGAAUUGCCUCUUGAAUCGUUCAAAGGCUAUCUGAUACAAGAUUACCUAUACUUAGUUCACUUCGCAAGGGCAAACGCGUUGGCUUCGUACAAAUCCAAGAAUAUGGAGGAUAUUGCAGCUGGCGCCAAAAUCGUGUCGCAUAUCCAUACUGAGAUGAAACUUCAUCUCGACUAUUGUAAAGAGUUCGGCAUAUCUAAAGAAGAGAUAGAGGCGACAGAGGAGCAUCAAGCAUGCACCGCAUACACGAGAUACGUCCUUGAUAUUGGGCAGUCGGAAGAUUGGCUUGGCCUUCAAGUUGCACUCGCCCCUUGCCUCCUUGGUUAUGGAGCUAUUGCAAAACAGCUUCACGGCGACCCAAGAACAAAGACGGAGGGUAAUACAUACUGGAAAUGGAUCGUAAAUUAUAUCGAAGAGGACUACGUGGAGGCGGUGGGGACUGGGUCUGCUCUCAUGGAAAAGAACGCAGUCUUACAAUCCCCAUCAAGGAUAGAAGAGCUGGUCAAGAUCUUCAUCCACGCUACUAGGAUGGAAAUUGGCUUUUGGGAAAUACUCAAAAAAUACAUCAUGUCUUACGGUGGCUACAACUCCCGUAAUGGAGGAGGCGGCGGAGGAGGCUACUCUAAUGGCCACGACAAGUAUGGAGGCGGCGGCGGAGGUGGUCGUCAAGAGCAUGGUCACGGCAAUGGCUAUGGCGGUAACAGCGGUGGUUACGGAGGUGGUGGUGGCGGCGGCGGCUAUGGUGGAAGCGGAGGCGGAGGCGGUGACAGAAUGUCUAACCUUGGAGCUGGUCUACACAAGCAAACAUGGGACCUCGGCACUCUUCCCAAGUUCGAGAAGUCUUUCUACAAGGAGGACGAUGCCGUCGCACGACGACCGGCUAGUGAGGUUGAGCGAUUCCGAAAAGAUCAUCAAAUAGCUAUCCAAGGCCACGAUGUUCCUAAACCUGUCGAGACAUUCGAUGAGGCUGGAUUCCCUCGAUAUGUGAUGGAUGAAGUCAAGGCACAAGGCUUCCCUGCUCCUACUGCCAUCCAAUCUCAAGGAUGGCCCAUGGCUCUUUCUGGUCGCGACGUCGUCGGUAUUGCCGAGACAGGUUCCGGUAAGACGCUGACUUACUGCCUUCCGGCAAUUGUCCACAUCAACGCCCAGCCUCUCUUAGCUCCCGGUGAUGGUCCCAUCGUGCUUGUUCUUGCACCUACUCGAGAACUGGCUGUGCAGAUCCAGCAGGAGAUUACCAAAUUCGGUAAAUCUUCGCGCAUUCGCAACACUUGUGUUUAUGGAGGUGUUCCCCGUGGUCCUCAGAUCCGUGACCUUACUAAGGGUGUUGAGGUCUGCAUUGCCACUCCUGGUCGUCUGAUCGAUAUGCUCGAGGGUGGUAAGACUAACUUACGCCGAGUGACUUACUUAGUCCUUGACGAGGCUGAUCGUAUGCUGGACAUGGGUUUCGAGCCCCAGAUUCGCAAGAUUAUUAGUCAGAUUCGACCUGACCGUCAGACUCUCAUGUGGUCUGCUACCUGGCCUAAGGAAGUUCGUGCUUUAGCUGCCGAAUUCCAAACCGACUUCAUUCAGGUCAACAUUGGUUCCCUGGACUUGUCUGCUAACCAUCGUAUUACGCAAAUCGUCGAGGUUGUAUCCGAGGGUGAGAAGCGUGAUCGUAUGAUCAAGCAUCUUGAGAAGAUUAUGGACAACAAAGAGAACAAAUGCCUUCUAUUCGUAGGUACGAAGCGAGUCGCUGACGAGAUUACGCGAUUCCUCCGCCAAGAUGGCUGGCCGGCCCUCUCUAUUCACGGCGACAAACAGCAGAACGAGCGUGACUGGGUUCUUGAUCAGUUCAAGACCGGAAAGAGUCCCAUUAUGGUAGCCACCGACGUUGCUUCUCGUGGUAUUGAUGUGCGCAACAUCACUCAUGUGAUCAACUAUGACUACCCGAACAACUCGGAGGAUUACAUCCACCGUAUUGGCCGAACUGGCCGUGCUGGCGCCAAUGGCACUGCCAUUACUCUCUUUACUGCUGACAAUUCUAAGCAGGCUCGUGAUCUAGUCGCAGUUCUUCAAGAAGCUAAGCAGCAAAUUGAUCCUAGACUUCAUGAGAUGGCCCGCUAUGGCGGCGGUGGUGGCGGAGGCCGCUUCGGCGGACGAGGCUACGGUCGUGGUGGUCACCGAGGCGGCGGUGGUGCUGGCGGCGCUAACUCUUUGCCCAUCAACAACCGACGAUGGUGA